AUGGUUAACUUCACUGUAGAUUAAAUAAGAGAGAUUAUGAAUAAAUAAUAAAACAUCAGAAACAUGUCAGUCAUCGCUCAUGUGGAUCAUGGAAAGUCUACAUUAACAGAUUCUUUACUCUGUAAGGCUGGAAUCUUAUCAGCUAAAGAGAGUGGAGACAAAAGGAUGACUGACACAAGAGAAGAUGAAUAGUUAAGAGGAAUUACAAUAAAAUCUACAGGUGUAUCAUUGUAUUAUGAAUAUGAUAUUAACUACAAUAACACAAAAGAGUAGUUUUUAAUCAAUUUAAUUGACUCUCCAGGACAUGUAGACUUUAGUUCAGAAGUCACAGCUGCUCUUAGAGUAACUGAUGGAGCAUUAGUUGUUGUAGAUUGUGUAGAAGGAGUCUGUGUAUAAACAGAGACAGUAUUGAGAUAAGCUAUGUAAGAGAAGAUAAAACCAGUAGUGAUGAUAAAUAAGAUUGAUAGAGCAAUACUGGAAUUAAAACAUGAUGGUGAAACCAUGUAUUAGAACUUUGUUAAAGUUAUUGAUAAUGUUAAUGUGAUUAUUGCAACCUAUCAAUAAGAAGAUAUGGGAGAACUAUAAGUACAACCAGAACUUGGAUCAGUAUCCUUUGGAUCAGGUAAAGAAUGCUGGGCAUUUUCAUGUACAAAGUUCGCUAUGAUUUAUGCUUCAAAAUUCAAAGUAGAACCAAAGAAAUUAUAAGAAAGAUUAUGGGGUGAUAAUUAUUUUGAUGAUGAGACUAAAUGUUGGAGAAAAGAGAGUGAAGGAACUUCAGGAAAAUAAUUAAAGAGAGCUUUCGUUGCUUUCAUUAUGGAUCCCAUAUGUAAAUUAGCUAAUGCAGUCAUGGAAGGUAAUAUGGAAAUGGCUAAUAAGAUGUUUAAUGUCUUAGGGUUGAAACUUACAUAAGAGGAAUAGAAAUUAAGUGGUAAACAACUUUUAAAGACUGUUAUGUCAAAAUGGAUUAAUGCUGCUGACACUUUGAUUGAAAUGAUUAUAUGUCAUUUGCCUUCACCAAGAGAAGCAUAGAAAUACAGAACAUCUUAUUUAUAUGAAGGACCUUAAGAUGAUGCUAUAGCUUAAUCAAUGAGAGAAUGUAAUCCUAAAGGACCUUUAAUUAUGUAUGUAUCAAAGAUGGUACCAACAUCUGAUAGAAGUAGAUUCUUUGCUUUUGGUAGAGUAUUUUCAGGCACUAUAGGUACAGGAUAAAAGGUUAGAAUUAUGGGUCCUAAUUAUUAACCUGGUAGGAAAGAAGACUUAUUUGAAAAGACAGUUCAAAGAACAGUAUUGAUGAUGGCUAGUAAGGUUGAAUACAUUCCUGAUGUCCCAUGUGGUAAUACUGUUGGUUUAGUUGGUGUGGAUGAUGUCUUGUUAAAGACUGGUACUAUCUCAGAUCAUCCAGAAAGUCAUUUAAUCCGAUCAAUGAAAUAUUCAGUAUCACCUGUUGUUAGAGUAGCUGUCUAACCUAAAAACCCAGGUGAAUUACCAAAAUUAGUUGAAGGUUUGAAGAGAUUAGCAAAAUCAGAUCCAUUAGUUCUUUGUACAACAGAGGAAACAGGAUAGCUUAUAGUAGCAGGAUGUGGAGAAUUACAUGUUGAAAUAUGUUUGAAUGAUUUAGAGAAGGACUUUGCUAAUAUUGAAAUAAUAAGAUCAGAUCCAAUUGUAUCUUAUAAAGAGACUAUUUCAGCAACAUCAAAAAUUGUAUGCAUGGCAAAAUCCCCUAAUAAUCAUAAUAGAAUUUAUGCUUAAGCUGAACCACUUCAUGAAAAUCUUUAAGAUGCAAUUGAAAGAGGAGAAAUAACAGCAAAAGAUGAUAAUAAAGAAAGAGCUAAAUUACUAUCAGAUUAAUAUGAUUGGGAUAAAGAUGAUGCUCUUAAAAUAUGGUCAUUUGGUCCUGAUAAUUCUGGUGCAAAUAUUCUAUUAGAUAAAACAUCAGGAGUCUAAUAUAUGAAUGAAAUAAGAGAUUCAAUGGAAUCUGCUUGGUAACAAACAACCAAAUUAGGUGCUCUUUGUGAAGAAAAUUAAAGAGGAAUUAGAGUUAAUAUCUUAGAUAGUGUGUUACAUGCUGAUGCUAUCCAUAGAGGAGCAGGAUAGAUUAUACCAGCAUCAAGAAGAUUAUUUAGUGCCUGUUAACUAACAGCAAGGCCUGGAUUAUAAGAACCUGUAUUUUUAGCAGAAAUCACUGUUCCUAUUGAUUCAACUGGUGGUGUGUAUAAUUGUUUAAAUAUGAGAAGAGGAAUAAUUAUAGAAGAAGAAUAAGUAGCAGGAACACCUUUAUCAUUAGUAAUUAUAUCAAUUAAAUAUUUUUUAGAUUAGAUCAUAUUUACCUGUUUCUGAAUCUUUCGGAUUUACAGCCCAUCUUAGAGGUCUUACUUAAGGUUAAGCUUUCCCUUAAUGUAUGUUUGAUCAUUGGGCUGUAUUAAAUGGUGAUCCAUUUGAAGUUGGUUCAAAACUUUAUGAUUUAGUGUUGAAUAUAAGAAAGAGAAAAGGAAUUAAGAUCUCAUUGCCAGAUCUUAAUGAAUUUUUAGAUAAAUUGUGA